GGCGGGCAGCCCUCGGCGGGCGGCCAUGGCGGCGGCGCUCUGGGCGCGGGGGGCGCCGCGGGGCUUGUGGGCGGCGCUGCGGGGCUGCAGCCCGAGGCUCGCGGCCAUGUCAGCAGAUGCUCACCGGUUGACAGCAGAGGAGCGGGAACAGAUGAUACUCGACCUUAAAGUAGCAGGAUGGUCGGAAUCAAGUGAGAGAGAUGCCAUCUACAAAGAGUUCUCCUUCAAAAAUUUUAAUCAGGCAUUUGGCUUUAUGUCCCGAGUUGCCCUACAAGCAGAGAAGAUGAAUCAUCACCCAGAAUGGUUCAAUGUGUACAACAAGGUCCAGAUAACUCUGACCUCGCAUGACUAUGGUGGAGUGACCCAAAAAGAUGUGAAGUUGGCCAAGUUUAUUGAAAAAGCAGCUGCUUCUGUGUGAUUUCUCCCCAAAUGCAUGUAAAAUCUUAUAUACGUCUUAGCUACAAUGUAUUGUGAAGGCAAUUUGCUUAAACAAAUUAAGUUGUAAACUGAGUUCACCUUUAUAUGCUACAUUUUGUAAAAUCAGUGCUUAAAUAGAAAAUGAUUUAAACUUGAGCUUGAGGUACUUUUCAGUAUAUCUAAUGACAUGUAUAAGAUAAACCAACCCAGGUAAUAUUCAGAAAGAGAAAUGGCAUUCUCAAAGACUAGAAGUUGGGAUGGGAGAGUAUUCACACAUUUUAUAAUUCAGAAAUUCAAACAAUUAUGGUGACUUUACAAAUGCAUUGUUGUAAGGUAUUGGAGAAUAAUUGUAACGCGGAAAAAGAAUUAGGAACUCUGCAGGUAAUGGGUUUUAACCUCAUAUAACAAUUCUUAUGACACUAAAGUUGAUUUGGAUAGUAGCUGCUCUUACUACAUAAGUCAUCAGAUUAUAAAAGUCACAAAAAUUAGAUGAGCUAUCUUGGUAUGUUUUGUCUUUACUUUUUGGACAGGGAGUCAAAGGAAGAGGACGUCUCGUCCGUGGUGUCCAGAAGGUGUGGCAAUACAAGGAUUCACUGUCUCAGUAACCAACUUGCUAGGUCAUGAUUUGACUUACUGAGUUGAGGAGGUCCAAAGGGUCACUUUUUUUCAUCAUUUGCUUAUUGUGACCCCUGUACUGAAGGUCUACAGUCACUGAAGCUAGAAGUCACUUGGGUGUUAUCCAAUAAUGAGCUCUACUUGCUCCGUAUGACACUGUCAGGCAUUAAAGGUACCCUGUUAUUUAAAAACUGCAAUAACAAUGUUCUUUGAAGGAACUCAGGAAUGUACUUACUAAUGAGACUGUGAUACAGAUUAAAAGAGCAUAUAUAUUUA